GACUGCGCCAUCUUUGCUUAUGUUUGUGUUUCAUUUCCCUAUUUAGCCGUCUGCAGAAUUUAUCUCUCGUCGCAUAACUCGUGCCGCGUGUACCGGCUUUCGAUGAGUUGUGCAUGUUCGUUCGAUCCGUUUUGUGAUUUUGUUUGUUGUUUUCAUUGAUCAUCAACAAGAAGAACCCAUAAACGUCAUGCAACAAAACGUGGAAAAAAGUGCUUCGUUUGCCGACGAAGAGCAUCUCGUAGCUACGAUAUCGGGUCCGGCGCUUUCGAUGCUCCUUUAUGAAAAUUGCAGAACUCUCGAGCAGUUUGGAUUCUUACUUGGAGAAACAGCAACUCAUGUUACAAGAAAAAUGACAGAUACUGAAGGAGAAAAUAUAGAGAAUGUUAAAGAAUAUAUAAAUAUAAAAAGCAUUGUAGCUUAUCCUUCAAGAAUAAAACCUUUUUUUGAAAAUCAUGGAGCCUUAAAAGAAAAUAAAUUGAUGCAUUUUUUGGAUGCACAGAAGGACCGAGUUAUAGGAUGGUACCAUUAUCGAGAAGAUCAUAACUACAUGGCAUCAAGUCUAAGGGACCGACAUCUGCAUAAAAACUUGUCUUCUUUUUUUUCCAAGAACAAUGAAUCCCUUUCGAAAGAAAAUUUUAUUUUCAUGUUGCUCUCUUGCUCAAAGUCUGAAUCAGGUGGAACACAUAAAUGUAAACACCUAAUACUUCGUAAACAUAGUAAUGUUUUUCAACGAGUAUCAUUGAGAAUCAAUAAUCUUGGAGCUGAUUGUACAAAGCCUGAUGGAUCAGAUUAUAAACCAGUUCCUAAGUUUACCCUUAGAAAAUUUGAUGCAUUUGACAAAGUAUACAAAAAGAUUAGGAAUGAAUUAGACCAAAAACACGGUGUUGAAGCAGUCACUAUGAUUCAAAAUGCUGCUGAUGCUUUGUUAAAUCAAUGUAUUCCAGUUGUUAAUGAAAGUGAUAAAAAAGUGCACGAGCUUGAAAUUGAAGCUAAGGCUCUAGAAACUGAAAUAUUUAAAUUAAAUUUUUUCAAAUUGCAAAGAAAUUUUGAAAUGGCUCGCAAAAACUUAAAUAAUAGUAAUCAACCUUCCAAACAUUCUGAAAAUCUAUCCGAUUCGAAAACAUUGAGAAGAUAUUCAUCAAGUUCAGAAUUUAAAACUACAGUUAUUCCACAUGGUGAUGAAUUGUCUCAUAUUAUAUCGGAAACCCCUGAAUCACCUGAUGAGGAACACACAGAAGACACUGAAGAAAUAUCUAAAUUUUCAAAGAGACAUUCACGAAAUAUAGAAAGCAAGUCAAAAAAUAGAGAAACAUCACCUAAAUCUCCACCUCCUUGCAUUACUAUCCCAGACGAUAAAGAGGCAGGAGAUGGAGAUGCAUAUCAUAAUUCACGGCGUUCAUCAUCUUCACCUAUAUAUGCUUCAUCAUCAUAUUUAAAAAGAUAAUAAAAAGUGGUAGACCAAUUAAAAAUAUUUUCAAACGUUACUUUUACAAUAACUUUAUAAUAUAAAUUUUAUAAUAAACACGAUUUUGAGAGAGUGAUUCUAGAUAAAAUUCUAAAAUGAUGCAUACAAAUGAUUUUGUAUAAUUUGUUAUUUAUUAAAAAUUGAAUUUUGUUUCAACAUGCUUUGAGGAUGUCAUAUUUUUAAUUAUUAUUGCAAAAUCAUAAUUUACUUGUUUAUUGUAUGAUUAUUGUAUUAUAUUAUUUUAUUUUUAAAUUAAACAAGUGAUGUUCCUUAAAUACUAUUAAACGGUUUUUGCAGCAUUAAAAAUUCAUUUUACUGCA